AUGGAAUGGCAAGCUGCAGCUACUACGUACAGUAGCAUUCAAGAGAACAUUUCGACCAUACAGCUAGCGAGCCGCAAUAGAAUUGCAAUUUUCCACAUAGCCCGGUUUAUGCCUAACCUGAAUCUUGACGACCUCGUGCCCGCAAAACUGAAAAGCAUUGUGGAAAACCCGGGAAUCACCAAAACUGGAGUUAAUAUUAGAGCAGACUGUACCCGCCUACGGAAAUAUCUAGGAAUCAACGCUCGUGGUACCUUUGAGCUUAGCCACUUGUAUAAACUUAUCAAGUACUGCCACACCACCCCUCAAUUGAUCAAUAAACAUCGCGUCCGCCUCGCUGACCAGGUGCAAGAACACUUGGGGCUUCCACUGGCAAAAGGAAUCAGCGUACGGUGCAGUAACUGGCAAAAGCCCAUCACGGCUCCACAGGCUCAUUAUGCCGCCGCCGACGCCUACGCCAGCUAUCAAUUAUUCGUGAUCAUGGAUGCAAAACGGAGAGCUCUGGACCCUGUUCCACCAUUACCGGCACACGACGAGCUCAAUCUUUCAAUACGAACAAAGGAAGAGUCUGUACCGUCCGAGGACCCCGACCCGGUUGACGAGAUUGCAGGCAAUGUAGGCCAUGUAACAGAGACAAGGAAACUGCAAAGAACGAAGACUUACCCCAAAAAUCCUGUCUCGGCUGAAACAUCCAAGAGCGCGCUAACCACCCACCCUGACGACUCCGCUUUCGAGAUCGUCAAGAGGGCUGAGACGUCGAGAUAUCGUACCCAGCCUGCCGAGCCGAGCGAUACGUCUGAUUUUGAAACUAUGGAAUCCGUCAAAAGGGCUAGCAGGCGAGUGCAAGAUGUUGAGACCGUGGAUAAGUCUAAGCCUAAACCAAAGCCUGUGAAGAGGAGGGUUGGGAGACCGAGGAAGCCCUCUUUGAGUCUUGCGUAUGCUGAUAACCUGCAUGUUAAGACGUGA